AUGGGCCUGCUCUCAAAAUUUCGGCGUGAGCCGAAUGCACCUUCCAACGCAAGCGCUCGACAGGACAACUCGCCCACCGAUUUGGAAUUCAACAAGGAACAGGAUGGGCCUCUCCACAUCUUCAACUGGAGGGUCAUCUACAUGGGCAUCUUGGUCUCAAUGGGAGGAUUCAUCUUUGGCUACGACACCGGUCAGAUCUCCGGCUUCGUGGAGAUGCCAGAUUUCUUACACAGGUUUGCUGAUUCGACUGACCCGGCCACUGGUGAACCCAAGUUCAGCAAUGGCCGCUCUGGAACCAUUGUUGGCUUACUUUCCAUUGGAACCCUCCUUGGCGCGCUAAUCGCUGCCCCCAUUUCGGACAAGUUUGGACGCAAGUAUUCCAUCGUCUUUUGGAAUCUUGUUUUCUGCGUCGGAGUCAUCGUCCAGAUCGUCACCACCUACACCUGGUACCAGAUCGCCCUUGGCCGCUGGGUCGCUGGCCUCGGUGUCGGCGGCCUUUCCGUCUUGACUCCCAUGUACCAGUCUGAGACUGCUCCGCGCCAAGUCCGCGGCGCUCUCGUCUCCGCCUACCAGCUCUUCAUCACUCUUGGCAUUUUUGUCGCCUACUGCAUCAACUACGGCACCGAGGCCAAGGAUAACGCCGACUCCUGGCGCAUUCCCAUGGGAGUCGGCUUCAUCUGGCCCGCCAUCAUGGCCUUUGGCAUGCUUCUGCUGCCCGAGUCUCCCCGCUGGCAGUACCGCCAUGGUAAGGUCGACACCGCCCGUGCAACCAUCGCCAUGAGUUACGGUGUAUCCCCGACCCACCCCAUUGUCAACAACGAGAUUCGUGAGAUCAAGACGAAGCUCGACGCUGAGAAUGCCGGUGGUGGCAAGCACCCUUGGUAUGAAAUCUUCACCGGACCCCGUAUGGCCUACCGCACCAUCUUGGGAAUCACUCUGCAAGCCCUGCAACAGCUUACGGGCGCAAACUUCUUCUUCUACUAUGGAACUACAAUCUUCACUGCCACCGGUCUGUCAAACAGCUAUGUCACGAGUAUGAUCCUUGGCGCUGUCAACUUUGGUUGCACAUUCCCUGGUCUGUAUUUCGUUGAUCGGUUCGGCCGCCGGCCGUGCUUGAUGGCAGGCGCUGCAUGGAUGUUCAUGUGCUUCCUCGUCUUCGCUAGUGUCGGCCACUUCGCCCUUGACCAGAACAACCCGACCAGCACACCCAAAGCCGGCAGCGCCAUGAUCGUGUUCGCCUGCCUCUUCAUCGCCGCCUACGCCUCGACCUGGGGCCCGAUGGUGUGGGCCGUCGUCGGCGAGAUCUACCCGUCCCGCUACCGCGCCAAGUGCAUGAGCAUGGCCACGGCCAGCAACUGGGCCUGGAACUUCCUCAUCUCCUUCUUCACCCCGUACAUCACCGGCGCCAUCGACUACCGCUACGGCUACGUCUUCGCCGGCUGCCUCUUCGCCGCCUUCUUCAUCGUCUACUUCUUCCUCUGCGAGAGCCAGGGCCGCAGCCUCGAGGAGAUCGACACCAUGUACUGUUUUGGCGUCAAGGCGUGGAAGAGCAAGGACUGGCAGCCGCCGGAGGGCGAGGAUCUGACCACCCUGGAUAGCACGUACCUCACGCCCGGCGCGAGGGAUAUCAGGAAGCCUGGUGCUGAGCGAAGGGAGAAUAUUGGCGGAGAGGAGGUGGAGAAGAAGGAUGUCUAUCAUCCCGAGACGCAGAACUAA